ACCUAAUCUUCAAGUCCGCGCUUAUUUUCUCCCUAUACACUCGCUCGUUUUCUUUCUUCUCUCUCCAUUCUUUUUGGUGGUACUGCGAACCCUACUCUCUCUCUGGUUAUCUUCUCUGUCUAGGGUUUUAUCCAUCUUCCCCACCUUUUUUUUUUCUCUUAAAUCUUUCUCUACUAUACAAUUUUUUGUAUUUCUCUUGUUCGAUUUAGUUUCUCUCUCUAGAUUAGAUUUCUUUCGGUCUCGAUCUUUAAUAGCUUGAAAUGGAGUUCGGAGUUGCUCGAAAGAGAGGGAGGCAUGAAGCUGCCUUGAAUGGCAAUGGUGGUUUCAAGAAAUCCAAACAAGAAUCGGAGUUUCCAACUGGUAUAGGAAGCAAAUCGAAGCCAUGCACAAAGUUUUUCAGCACUUCUGGGUGCCCAUUUGGUGAGGGAUGCCAUUUCUUGCAUUAUGUUCCUGGUGGCAUUAAAGCUGUGUCUCAGAUGAUCGGCAGCAAUCCAGCUCUUCCACCAGCUGCCAGGAAUCCGGUGGUCCAGCCAUCUUUUCCAGAUGGUUCAUCUCCUCCAGCUGUCAAAACCCGUUUGUGCAACAAAUACAACACAGCUGAAGGCUGCAAGUUCGGUGACAAAUGCCAUUUUGCCCAUGGCGAGUGGGAGCUUGGCAGGCCAACAGUUCCAUCCCAUGAAGAUCCUCGUUCCAUGGGACCAAUGCCAAGCAGGAUGGGUGGCCGGAUGGAGCCACCACCACCGCAAGGAGCUGCAGCCAGCUUUGGGUCCUCUGCCACAGCCAAGAUCAGUGUUGAUGCUUCGCUUGCUGGAGCUAUCAUUGGAAAAGGUGGUGUGAACUCGAAACAGAUUUGUCGUGUGACUGGGGCGAAGCUUUCCAUAAGAGAGCAUGAAUCAGAUCCUAACCAGAGGAACAUUGAGCUUGAGGGUACAUUUGAUCAGAUCAAGCAAGCUAGUGCAAUGGUUCGUGAACUAAUAAUGAACGUUGGUUCAGCCUCAGCACCUCCUGCAAAGAAUAACCCUGCAAUGUCAGGAGGCUAUGCUCCUGCGAGCAAUUUCAAGACAAAACUUUGUGAGAAUUUCACGAAAGGGUCCUGUACCUUUGGGGAAAGGUGCCACUUUGCGCACGGAGCUGAUGAUAUGCGCAAGCAGCAGGGGAUGUGAACACACCUUUUCUGCCUCUUGCUCUGUCAUCUCCUUUGUUAGAACAAACUCUUGUUAUGGUUAUUAGUUGUUUGUUUGUUUUUUCGGUUUUAAAGACGAGACAGAGAUUGCAGUAUCAAGAGUUCUCUAGGUAAUGCUAUUUUGGGAUUUAAGUGA